AUGCAGCCUUACCUUCUUUUCCAGCAACUUAAGGCUAGGUCUUUGAGAGAAAACUCCACUGUUUGUCCACCAAAUGCUACUAUUUGCAAUGGCACAUCUUGUGUGUUACCUGAGGACAAUUUUAACAAAAUUUUGAAUACUAUACUGAGUACUGUUCUAACAAUCAUGCUGGCUAUGGUGAUGUUCUCCAUGGGCUGCAAUGUGGAACUAAAAAAAUUUUGGGGCCAUGUAAAAAGACCCUGGGGUAUUUUUGUGGGUUUUCUUUGCCAGUUUGGAAUUAUGCCUCUCACAGGCUUUGUGCUAUCGGUGGCCUUUAAUGUGCUUCCUAUUCAAGCGGUUGCAGUGCUGAUCAUGGGAUGUUGCCCAGGUGGAACAGCCUCCAAUAUCCUCGCCUACUGGGUGGAUGGUGACAUGGAUCUAAGCGUCAGCAUGACAACUUGCUCCACACUGCUUGCAAUGGGGAUGAUGCCACUCUGUCUCUUUGUUUAUACCAAGAUGUGGACUGAUGCUGACUCAAUCGUACUCCCCUACGAUAGCAUUGGAAUUUCACUAGUAGCUCUUGUAAUCCCUGUUUCAUUUGGGAUGUAUGUUAACCACAGAUGGCCUCAAAAAGCAAAAAUCAUACUUAAGGUUGGUUCCAUUGUCGGAGCAGUCCUCAUCGUGCUCAUAGCUGUGGUUGCAGGAAUACUGUACAAAGGCUCCUGGAUUAUCUCUCCCAAAUUAUGGAUCAUUGGUACCAUAUUUCCAGCAGCUGGAUAUUCCUUGGGGUUCCUUCUGGCUCGCAUAGCUGGUCUGUCUUGGAACAGAUGUCGAACAGUGGCUCUGGAAACAGGCAUGCAGAACACUCAACUGUGUACGACAAUCGUACAGCUCUCCUUCAGUCCUGAACAACUUGAACUGAUGUUUACUUUCCCACUCAUCUACAGUAUUUUCCAGUUGUUGUUUGCAUUAAUACUUUUAGCAGGCUACCGUAUUUACAAAAGACACCGAGGCAAAAUGAAGACAGAUGACAAGAAAACAGAGGAAGACGCCAAAUCAAAAUCAGCAUCGUCACAUGCUAAUGGAGGAUUUAUAUCAAAUGAGACCAAAUAG